AGCAGCCGGCGCCUGGAGCCGGACGAGGCGGGCAGCAGCGGGCGCCUCCUCCGUCUCCUCCCCUGCCGCCUGCCUGGUCCCGCCCCUCCGGGAUGAGCUCGCUCUCUCGCCCGCCCUGCCUGCCUGCCUGCCUGGCACUGGCGCUCUCGCUGCCGACGCGCCCGGCUCGCUUUCGCCUACCUGGCCAGUCGCGCGCGCGGGUGCGCCACACACAAGCAGCAGCCGCUUCGCCUCUUGCGCCAGUCCGGCCGCCGCCGCCGCCGCCGCGCGCCUGGGGAGCCGAUGGCACAGCAGGAGCCGCGCGGCCACUCAGCUCGCCGGAGCCCGACACGCGGGACGGGGCGCGCCUCUUGCUUCCUGCCCCAGUGAAUAAUCUGCUUAAGAAAUACAUUUUUGCUGAAAAAGAGGACCUCAGCUUCCUAGUGAUGUUCUCUUCAUGUCCUGUUUUCUGGUAGUACAAGAGAAGACUGGACCUUUGUCAUGGCUGUUUUUCUGCUGGGAGCAGCACUGCUUUUUGUUCAACCUCAGGCAGUUCCUUCCAGGCCUGCUGCCAGUUUGAAAGCUGAGGCUGCUACUCAGAAAGAGCCCUUUAGGAAAGGUGACCUCAAAGAGAGCGUCCACCUCAAUGGGACACUCCAGCGGCUUCCACAAACUAUCAUCAUUGGUGUACGGAAAGGUGGAACAAGAGCUUUACUAGAGAUGCUAAGCCUCCAUCCGGAUAUGGCAGCAGCAGAAAGCGAAGUCCACUUCUUUGACUGGGAAGAGCAUUAUUCAAAUGGAUUGCAGUGGUAUGUGAGCCAAAUGCCAUUCUCGUACCCAUACCAGAUAACAGUGGAGAAAACUCCUGCAUAUUUCACUUCACCAAAAGUGCCUGAAAGAGUUUAUAGAAUGAACAAACUUAUCCGAUUGCUCCUUAUCUUACGAGACCCAACAGAGAGAGUGCUGUCGGACUAUACGCAAGUGUUUUUUAAUCACAUGCAAAAACAUAAGCUAUAUCCCUCCAUUGAAGAAUUCCUGGUUAAGGAUGGUGAACUCAACAUAAACUACAAAGCGAUAAACAGGAGCUUGUAUUAUUUUCACAUGCAAAACUGGCUGAAAUACUUUCCUCUGGAUCACAUUCACAUUGUUGAUGGGGAUAAGUUAAUCAAAGAUCCUUUCCCGGAGAUAGUCAAAGUAGAAAGGUUUCUAAAUCUCUCGCCUCAGAUAAAUGCUUCAAACUUUUACUUCAAUAAAACAAAAGGCUUUUACUGCUUAAGGGACAGUGGCAGGGAUAGGUGUUUACAUGAGUCGAAAGGAAGAGCACACCCCAAAGUAGAUCCAAUCUUACUUGAAAAGCUACACGGAUAUUUUCGUGAACCUAAUCAGAAAUUCUUUGAGCUUGUUGGCAGAACAUUUGACUGGCACUGAGUGUGGUCCUAAGUUAUAGAGACAAGCAUCUGGUGUGCCUAAAUGCUCCAGGGCACAUUUAGAAAAGGAGGGCAUUGACGAUAUAAUUUAUUUGUAAAAUCUAUGAAUUACUUCUGUACAAUAUUAGAGUCAUAAUUGCCAUGUAAGCUAGUAAUAUUUUUCUACUUGUUAAAUUAAACAGAAACACUUUUUGUAAUGUUUUUCAUAGUUAACACUGUAUUUAUGUCUAUAUGAGGAAAAAACCUAUUUCAUGAAAGAAA